AGUAUCUUUGGAUUAACACGCAUCGUCCAAUGAAAAGUUACCAAACGCGGACUGAGCUGCAGCUGCCAUAUACAGCGCUUGUUGCAGUUCUUGUAUGUAGACAUUUUGUCGGUUUAGAAAAUUAUGGACGGCAUUAAUCUCAGGGAAUGGUAUUGCUGACGUCGUUGAAAAUCCAAAAGACCUCGGCAUCUAAGACCAACUCCAUUUAUAUAUUCAGAGGAAGGUGACAGAUAAGCUCCAUCAUGCCGUUGGUGACACGAAGCAUCGAACCUCGCCACCUCUGUCGCGAGACACUGCCAAAUACGAUCAAGAGUGAACUGGAGUGUGUGACCAACAUCACACUUGCCAACAUAAUUCGCCAACUUGGAUCACUAAGUAAGUAUGCAGAGGAUGUGUUCGGUGAACUGUUUGUCCAGGCCAGCUCAUUUGCCGAACGGGUCAACACGCUGGGAGAGAGAGUGGACAAGCUGCAGGUCAAAGUCACCCAGCUGGACCCUAAAGAAGAGGAAGUUUCUCUUCAGGCAAUUACCAGCCGCAAAGCCUUCCACUCCAAUUUCAUCCAGGAUCAGCAGCUCUUCAUUAGGGCAUCAUUACCGCAGCCUAUCUAUGAGACUUAUCUGACCUGCAACCAGCCACCCCCCCUCAACAAUCUGAGCUGUUACAGGGAGGAUGGUAAGGAGGCUCUGAAGUUCUACACUGAUCCAUCUUAUUUCUUUGACCUUUGGAAAGAGAAAAUGCUUCAAGAUACCAAGGACAUUAUGAAAGAGAAACGCAAACAUAAGAAGAAAAAAGAUGACAACCCUAACCGAAGGAACUUGAACCCGCGAAAGAUCAAAACACGUAAAGAUGAAUGGGAACGCCGGAAAAUGGGGGAGGAGUUUGUUGUACCCAAACACGAUGCCAUGGGCAACUCUUCCGAAGUGUUGAAUGGCAGUAUUGGCUCUGGUGAUGAUGGUUUUAAUCACUCUGAUAGCUAUUUGGACCAAAGCACUAACUCCUACAGCUAUGAUACCGGCUCUCCUCUCCCACCUCCAAUGCAAGAGGACUUCCCCCCACCACCACCACCUCCAGACAUCCCGUGUAAUGAUGUAUCUGGGGGUCCUCCUUCGAAGCGUAGUAGUCUUUUAAGCCCCAGUCACCCUCCACCCGCUCCACCAGCGAUGUCUUCUUCUCCAGGCCGUCCGACUGUGGCUCCUCCCUUGGUACCACCACCACCUCCACCUCCUGGUGGCAUGAUCCCACCUCCUCCACCACCUCUAGGUUUCGAUUCGCCCCCCUCUCCCCCUCCAUUGUCCAGCAAUUCUGCUUCCAACCUACCUCCUCCACCACCCAUGGAAGAUGGUACUCCAGCUCCUCCACCGCCCCCCAUGGGAGGUGGUCCACCUCCUCCUCCCCCUCCCCCUCCCCCUCCAGGCCCUCCUCCACCCUCUGCUCCAGCCCCACCUCCCUCAGGAGGAGUCUCUGCUCCUGCCGCACCCAAAGCCCAGCCUGCUCCAGCCCAGGGCGAUGGUCGCAGUGACCUUCUGUCAGCUAUCCGUCAAGGAUUUAACCUGCGUAAAGUGGAGGAACAGCGAGAGCAGGAGAAGAGGGAUCACGCGGGCAAUGAUGUCGCAGCCAUCCUGUCUCGUCGCAUUGCCGUGGAGUGCAGCGACUCUGAGGAUGAUUCAUCCGAAUUUGAUGAUGAUGAGUGGUCUGACUAAAGCUAUCGCUCCGCUUUUCAUCACCUGUGUGAUGUCAUUAAGAUCAUUCCUUUUAGACCU